AUGCACGAACUGUUUACGACCGUCCUCUCGAAACGGGAUCUGUCCCGCGCUGGGGAACUGUUUUCCAUCGCGGACUACGAGAUUGUGAGCGACCUCACGGAGGUGUUGCAGGAGAUUUCUUCUAUCAUCUCGCAAGAGGACUACCUGCAGAACAGCAACGACCAGUCGGUGAUCGAGAUCUGCAUCAAUCGGGUCACGUCGUGCAUUAAGAAAACGAACACGAUCGAAAAGCACUGUGCCGGCCUAGUAAACCUGCUGCAAACCUGCCUCCGGUACAAUCUGCAACCGUCCGGCAAGGAUGUCGAUCCACCGCACGCGAAAAUAUCUUCCGACAUCAUUUCGAGCAUUUUUCUGAACUACAACAAACAGAUUGUGAUGGAAGUGACACUGCCGGUGGCGGUAAAGUUUCUCAAUCUCGGCAACCAGGAACUGUCCCGCAACCUGGCCAGCUACCUGUCGUCGGCCGCCAUCGAGUACUCGUUCCUGCUGUCACCGCACGUGCACGUCAUACUCGAAUCGCUGCUCACCGGCAACUAUGGGCUGUGCCACGUGCUGUCGCAGAUCUACGAGGCCACCCCGGACCCGAUCACGGCGGCCGGGCCCAAGUUUGUGGAGAUUGUGCCACGCUGCGAGCUCCAGGAGCAGCUCGUCAUCCUGCAGCUGCUGGUGACGAUCGCGAAACAGAAACCGUCCUGUCUGACCGAAAGCAUUCCACCGUUGCUCGAGCUGGCCACCCGGCCACCGCUGUCGGCCGCGGCCCUGCUCGUGUUGCUCAAGCUGGCCGAAGCGAAACCGAUCAAGCUGGCCGAGUACACCGAGGCCUUCAAGGUGAUUGCGUACAGCGUGCCGCAGACGGUGGGCUUUGCGGCCCAAAUCCUGUCCGCGAUCGGGCGCUCGGGCAAGGACCGGGCCCAGGUGGCGCUCGAUUUCGUGCUGGAGCACCUGCCGAGGGCCGAUCGGCCCCUCCAGGCGAUCCUGCUGAACGAGGCGACCAAACUGUGCACCAAGUACCCGGUGCUGUUCACCGACAAGGUCACAUCGGUCGUGCGGCAGCGUCAGCUGAGCAACAGCCAGAUCAAGCACACCACAUCCGGCGGUGUGACGAUCGUCAAUCUGAACACUUCCGCCACACUGCCCACACCAGUUCCGGUUCCGGCGUCACACGCCACGCAACAAGAGCGGCCCCUUUCUUCGCACUACGUCCAAGGCACUGCCGCUUCCCAUGCCGGUUAUGGCCAGGCAGGUGCUAAUGGAGGUAACGGAUUGGCACUGCCUGGUAACAACAAUGGCUACCAUCAUCACGAGACCGGCCGAGCGAUCGUUUCGAAAACGCCGAACGUAGCGAUCACCAGCAACGGGCACGGCGCGAUAUCGAAAACGGUCAUUAACACAUCCAACGGCACAACGCUCAGCUCGACGAUCCAUUCGGCGGCGGCGGCGCCGCCCCCGACCAGCUUCAUCUCGACGCACACUGCCAAUGGUGGCGGCGCUCCGCCAACCCCGAUCGCCAACGGAACGACCGUCGUCUCUCCGACGCCACAUCACACGGGAUACACCCGAAACCGGCCGAAGCUGGGUGACUCACGAAGUACGGGCCGCCUACACUCGGGAGGCGGUGGUGGUGGAGGUGGUGCUAAUAAGAGCACCACGCGUCUCAACAACGCUGGCGGAUCGAUGGGAGGGCUGCACAAGCCACGGCUCGGUUCAUCCCAAUUGAUCAAUCAGUUCAACGGUGUUGGUGGUGGCGGUGCAGGAGGAGGUGAGAUCGUCGUGGAGGGGCAAGGGGCCACGAUGGCAGGCAGCAGCACCGUCAACCAUGGGGCGACGGCGGUGGUGGAUGGAUCGAGCACGACCGUUAUGAGCAACCGGCACAACUCGAGCGGUAAUGUGGCGAUCAAGGGCGCAGCAGCAGCAGGGGUCAGCAGUUUGCUGCACAGUCUGCCCACCCCGGUUCCGCCACCACUGAGCCAGCACGUGACGAUCACGGGCGAAAACAAGUGGGGCAUUCCGCAGACGAAGAUCACCUCGUGCGGGGUCACGGUGAUGACGACGUCUCCGACGUCCCGUGCACCGCGCCCCUACUCGCACGGUGGCCCUUCCAGUCCACCGUCGACCCUGCUCGGUUCCACCGGCGCCCUGGGCAAGAACUCGCUCGGUGGUCUCAACCAAUCGUCCGGUUCGAUCGGCAUUCAGGUGCAUCACGCAUCGCCGGCACUGGCGGCAACGACCGCGACGACGACGCCGACGACGAUGCUCUUCAACCAUCAUUCCCAACAAACGUCCCCCCAGCUAACGACCACUCUGUCGUUGCACUCGGGCGGUGACGGAGAUCCUCAGGUGAUCGUGUGUGGUCCCGAAACCGUCACCACGCGGCCUCACGGGCACAACCGGUCGGACAAUCGCAGCGUGACGAUCCUGAACGCUUCCCCGUCGUCCUCGUCCGGGGCCGCCGUAAACCCGCGGACCAGCGUAUUCGAGCCGUACCCGAUGCGGGACACGAUCCAGCACUUUUGCGAGAAGCACCUGGACAAGAUCAAGGCAUACACGGAGAGUGUGGCGCAGCGGAUACCGCCGCCGGCGAAGUGCAUCAUCGAGGAGCGGCGCGCGAAGAAGACGGCCAAACUGCACUUUGCGUGCCAGGUGCGCGGUCCGCACUGUCUCUACUCGCGCACCAUGUUCACGAUGCGGACGCGAAAUCCGCGCACCUGGAUCCACCUGAUGUUUCUUGAUCUGCAGGCCCGCGCCCCGAAGGCCGCCCUCAGCAGCUGGGACCCGAGCGUGAGCCGGCUGAAGCACUGCUGGGACACGCUCAAGUGCGAGAACCGGACGUUCAUCACGCUCGUGACCAGUGCGUUCCCGAGCUGCAAAGAGCAGGAGGCACUCGUGCACGAACUACGCCACGCCGGGUUUUUCGAUGUGUUCGAAAUGGGCCCGGUGACGGCGGCGGACGGGGGCGGCCCCGGUGGCGGCGGCACACCACGACUCGAUUCCAUUCCCAGCGAACAGCCGAAGGGUGGCAAGGGAGCGGCUGGCGUUGGCGCAGAGACGGCCGAGCGGAGCAGCAUCACCGAGGAACUGGAACUGGGCGGGGACGUGCUGCAGUGGGGCUGCUUCCUGUGCCAUCACCCGGAGAAGGCGAUCGGGUUCCUGCACGGCAACAACCAGCCCGUCAUCGAGGGCCAGCUGAAGGAGAAGAAGGGCAAGUGGCGCCUGUUCCGGAGGUGGCGCACUCGAUACUUUACCCUGUCCGGGGCCCAUCUCUCGUGCAAAGGAUCCGUCAGUGAGGCCGGUGGCGAAAGUAUCGACGUGAAUCAAAUCCGCUCGGUGAAGGUGUCCCGUGGGGCCCGCAACAUCCCGAAGGCGUUCGAGAUUUUCACUGGCGAUCAGACGCUGAUCCUGAAGCCGAAAGAUGGCAACAAGGCCGAAGAGUGGGUGCAGUGUUUGAGCAUCGUGCUGGCACACUCACAGGCACGCGAUAGUCCAACGACGCGCACCAACAGUCUUCCGGCGCGCAGCAUUGGCAACAGUCGGACGGUGUUCUAAGGGGCAGCCUCGUCAAGCAAUACACAUAUCAACGCGAAUGACUCGUCCGGGGAGCGAGAGAAAGAGAGAGAAGAGAGUACUUAAACGAACGAGCUUUUACUGAUGAUACACUUUUUGUACUUACAAACGGCCAAGUUACACACGGUUUUUAGAUAAUGAUCGUUUUUUUAUCUACCAUACGAAGACUACGAGAUUUCAUACGCCCCGCGACUUUAGACUUUUAAGUGCACGACCGAAAGCAGGAAGCGGAAGCGCUACUUUCUUCCCAAAACUUGACAUAUUAAAAAAGGAAUUCUUAGGCUGUCCCGUUUGCGACGCGCGUGCGCCGCUUGUUAAGGGUUCGAAAAGUUUGUAUUCUAAGCUAGUGACGGCAACUGUUAGUGAGAAUUAUUAUGGCGGCCAACUGGGGGUGGCGUGCACCUUUUUGUGUGCGUCUCCAAUUUUUUCGCUUCGUUUUCGAUACCCCAAUACCAAUAAUCUCUUUUUGUGCUUGAAAAAAGAUCGACGUAUAACGUUUGCCGAUUACCACCCCAAUCCCUCGUGGAGCGUCGAAGUAACCUCUGUUCCGGAAAGAUAAUUUAUUGAUUCAUCUCUCUGGAGCCCCGCCGGAACUGUGUGUGGGGUUGAUCGAUAAAAGACGCGUCCAUAAACCGCGCGAUCGUGCGAACGUAAUGAAUUUUGUUUUCUUAUUUUAAUGUUAAUGUUGAAAACAUUGCUUAUUUGGUUUAUUUUUAUUCUAAGCAGAAAUUCUGCGA